CCAAGCCGCAUUUGUCUGCUGGAGGUGCUGGCCGAGCGUGCGUGGCGGUGUAGGCUCGGUCUGCAAGUGUCAGCGGCGGGAGGUCGGGAGGAGGAGGGACCACGCGCCGGCUGGACGCGCCCGCUGACAAGGGGCGGUGCGCGGGGAGCACCAUGCAGAGAGGCGCCCGGCGCCCUGCAGACCCCUCGCGAGGAGAAGAGGCCGGGGCCGCGCUUGGGCGGCCGAGAGCAUGAGGGAGGCCAGGGGGCGGCUCGGCUCCGGGCGCCAGUGCUAGGGAGCGGCGUGCGCUGCACACUCGCCGGGGCGCGGCGGAGGGCGGGAGCCGAGCGCCUGGAGCUGCUGUGAUUUCCGACGCGGACAGAGGGGCCGGAGUAGCCCCCGGCUCCAGCGCGCAGCCAGCAUGGGCAACGCAGGGAGCAUGGAUUCGCAGCAGACCGACUUCAGGGCGCACACCGUGCCUUUGAAGCUGCCGAUGCCGGAGCCAGGUGAACUGGAGGAGCGCUUUGCCAUAGUGCUGAAUGCUAUGAACCUGCCUCCUGACAAAGCCAGAUUACUGCGGCAGUAUGACAAUGAAAAAAAAUGGGAACUGAUUUGUGACCAGGAACGAUUCCAGGUGAAGAAUCCUCCCCACACGUAUAUUCAGAAGCUCAAAGGCUAUCUCGAUCCAGCUGUCACCAGGAAGAAAUUCAGAAGGCGUGUUCAAGAAUCUACACAAGUGUUAAGAGAACUGGAAAUUUCUUUAAGAACAAAUCACAUUGGAUGGGUCAGAGAGUUUUUGAAUGAAGAAAACAAAGGCCUUGAUGUUCUAGUAGAAUAUCUGUCAUUUGCACAGUAUGCAGUAACUUUUGACUUUGAAAGUGUGGAAAGUACCGUGGAGAGUUCAGUGGACAAAUCAAAGCCCUGGAGUAGGUCCAUUGAGGACCUGCACAGAGGGAGCAACCUGCCCUCACCUGUGGGCAACAGCGUGUCCCGCUCAGGAAGACACUCUGCACUGCGAUAUAGUACUUUGCCAAGUAGAAGAACCCUGAAAAAUUCCAGAUUAGUGAGUAAGAAGGAUGAUGUUCACGUCUGCAUCAUGUGUUUACGUGCCAUCAUGAAUUAUCAGUAUGGUUUCAACAUGGUCAUGUCUCAUCCACAUGCUGUCAAUGAGAUUGCUCUAAGCUUGAACAACAAGAAUCCCAGAACAAAAGCCCUUGUCUUGGAGCUUUUGGCAGCCGUUUGUCUUGUCAGAGGCGGGCAUGAAAUCAUUUUAUCAGCUUUUGAUAACUUCAAGGAGGUUUGUGGAGAAAAACAGCGCUUUGAGAAGUUGAUGGAACAUUUCAGGAAUGAAGACAAUAACAUCGACUUUAUGGUGGCCUCUAUGCAGUUUAUUAAUAUCGUGGUCCACUCAGUGGAAGACAUGAACUUCAGAGUUCACCUCCAGUAUGAAUUUACCAAGUUAGGCCUGGAUGAAUACUUGGACAAGCUGAAGCACACAGAAAGUGACAAGCUGCAAGUGCAGAUUCAGGCUUACCUGGACAACGUGUUUGAUGUAGGAGCGCUGCUGGAAGAUGCAGAAACCAAGAAUGCAGCCUUAGAGCGGGUGGAAGAACUGGAAGAAAACAUCUCUCAUUUAUCUGAAAAGCUUCAAGAUACAGAGAAUGAAGCCAUGUCCAAGAUUGUGGAACUGGAGAAGCAACUCAUGCAGAGGAACAAGGAACUGGAUGUCGUCCGAGAAAUCUACAAAGAUGCAAAUACCCAAGUUCACACAUUAAGAAAAAUGGUCAAAGAAAAAGAAGAAGCCAUUCAAAGACAGUCUACCCUCGAAAAAAAGAUUCAUGAACUGGAGAAACAAGGGACCAUUAAAAUCCAGAAGAAAGGGGAUGGGGACAUCGCCAUACUGCCAGUCAUGGCUUCUGGUGCGUUGGCCACAGGAUCAGAAGCAGCAGUGGGUAACUGUGCAUCAGUUACGGGGACCAUGACUUCAGGACCCUUGCCCCCACCUCCUCCGCCACUACCUCUGUCUUCAGACACAGCUGAGGCAGCUCAAAAUGGUCCCGUAUCACCACCCAUGCCCCCGCCUCCCCCUCCCCCUCCGCCCCCUCCGCCCCCUCCGCCCCCACCCCCUCCUCCUCCUCUCCCAGGACCUGCUGCUGAGACAGUGCCAGCUCCUCCUCUGCCACCACCCCCUCCCUCUGCACCCCCGCUGCCCGGAAUGUCUUCACCCACAGUGGUUUUCAACUCAGGAUUAGCAGCUGUGAAAAUUAAAAAGCCAAUCAAGACAAAGUUCAGAAUGCCAGUGUUUAACUGGGUUGCUCUGAAGCCCAAUCAGAUCAAUGGCACGGUCUUCAAUGAAAUUGAUGAUGAGCGAAUUUUGGAGGAUUUAAAUGUGGAUGAAUUUGAGGAAAUAUUCAAGACAAAAGCCCAAGGUCCUGCCAUUGAUCUUUCUUCAAGCAAGCAGAAGAUGACACAGAAAGGAUCAAACAAAGUGACAUUACUAGAAGCAAACAGAGCCAAAAAUCUUGCUAUAACUUUAAGGAAAGCUGGAAAGACGGCUGAUGAGAUAUGUAAAGCUAUUCAUGUAUUUGACCUGAAGACGCUGCCUGUAGACUUUGUAGAAUGCUUGAUGAGGUUCUUGCCAACUGAAAAUGAGGUGAAAGUACUUCGGCUCUACGAGCGGGAAAGGAAACCCCUGGAGAACUUGUCUGAUGAAGACCGGUUCAUGAUGCAGUUCAGUAAGAUCGAGAGGCUCAUGCAGAAGAUGACCAUCAUGGCCUUCAUUGGGAACUUUGCGGAAAGCAUUCAGAUGCUGACUCCUCAACUGCAUGCAAUUAUAGCGGCAUCUGUCUCGAUAAAGUCAUCCCAAAAACUCAAGAAAAUUCUGGAGAUCAUCCUGGCUCUUGGAAACUAUAUGAAUAGCAGUAAACGAGGAGCCGUUUAUGGAUUUAAACUUCAGAGUUUAGAUUUGCUUUUAGAUACAAAGUCAACAGACCGAAAGCAAACAUUGCUGCACUAUAUAUCAAAUGUUGUGAAAGAAAAAUAUCAUCAAGUGUCCCUAUUUUAUAAUGAGCUUCAUUAUGUGGAAAAAGCUGCUGCAGUCUCUCUUGAGAAUGUUCUACUAGAUGUCAAAGAACUGCAGAGGGGCAUGGACUUGACCAAGAGGGAAUAUACCAUGCACGACCACAACAUGCUGCUGAAGGACUUCAUCCUCCACAAUGAGGGGAAGCUGAAGAAGCUGCAGGAUGAUGCCAAGAUUGCACAGGAUGCCUUUGAUGAUGUGGUGAAGUAUUUUGGAGAAAACCCCAAGACAACACCACCCUCUGUCUUUUUUCCCGUCUUUGUCCGGUUUGUGAAGGCCUAUAAGCAAGCAGAAGAAGAAAACGAACUGAGGAAAAAGCAAGAACAGGCUCUCAUGGAGAAACUGCUGGAGCAAGAAGCUCUGAUGGAGCAGCAGGACCCAAAGUCUCCUUCCCAUAAGUCAAAGAGGCAGCAGCAAGAGUUAAUUGCAGAGCUAAGAAGGCGACAAGUUAAAGAUAACAGACAUGUAUAUGAGGGGAAGGAUGGAGCCAUUGAAGAUAUUAUCACAGGUAAAGGAUAUUUCCUGUCUGUGACCCAUGAAGAUUCCAUUCACCUCACUAGACUGGGCCAUACAGAUUUUCCCACUUCUUUUGAUGAAGCCUUAAAGAAGAAUAAUAUCACUAAAUUCCCAAAUGUUCACUCGAGGGUAAGGAUUUCUUCUAGCACACCGGUGGUGGAGGAUACACAGAGCUGAUCUUAGAAACCAGCCCUACAGACGAGCCGAUGCGGUGAGGAGAAGUGUCAGGCGGCGCUUUGAUGACCAGAACUUACGUUCUGUUAACGGUGCCGAAAUAACCAUGUGAAACCUGAGACUUGCCUGCAUGAAUAGAGGGUGUGUGUAAAUGAAACUGCCCACAUGGACUCUCUGCUACCAUUUAGCUGCAGCCUUGAACACAUCAAGUAUUUGAAAGGGCUCAAAUUUAGUAAACACAUAGGAAAAUGAUGGGUUCUCCUUUCAACCCUUAUUAACAAGUGCCUAAAAAUGGAAGUACCUGCUCAGAUUAAUCAAAGCAAUAGGAUUUGAUUUGAUUAGGUAUCUUUUUACACCACUAUGUUAUUGUUUUUUUAACCAAAAUAUAAAUUCAUUAUGUGCCACUGUGAUUAUCCUGUGAUAGCCCACUCUGGUUUCUUACUAAGCUGUACAUAACAAGGAUGUAUCUCCUAUGGGCUUUCCUUGCUGAGAUGUCUUUUAAGGACUUUGUGUUCCAGCCAUGUCCAUAAAGUUUGUAUUUUAGAGGACUUGCAGUACAGAAGGAAAAAGAUCACAUUAUAAAGUCCUUUUGUCACUAAACCCCAUCAAAGUACAAACAGGAUGCAAAUGUAGUGGCAUAAGAAGUCAGCUCCGUUUCCAGUUUCGCGUUCUACUAGUUCUAUGGUAGGUGCCAUGCCGUGAGAAACAUUCCCUGGUGUGGACACAAGACGAUGGCAUAACUGUGGAAGACUUUUUGCAGUACUAUUUUGAAGCUAGAGGCAGCUUUUUAAACAAUGCAGAUAUAUUUAUUAAUUAACAUUAACCUCUCAAUACUCAGUAUUAGGAUUUUCAAUGCCAUUACGAAUCAAUCCUGAGAAGAGAAAUUGGUGCCUUGCUAGUCAGGGAGUUUUCUAUGGUAGCUGUCAACAAGCAUGUAAGAUUGAAUCUGCUAGCAGAGCAGGUUUGGAAUCUAGCCUUGUUCUCCUCUGACAAUCGCAGGGUGUGUUUCUUGUUUUCUUUUUGUAAAUUGGAAAAUAACAAUGCAUUUGGCAUUCUGUAUCAAAGCUGGAUUGUUCUAUUUGUUACUUACGAGCAAUUACAACUAAGCUGUUGAAGAGUAUGAACAUCAAGAUUACAUUUAAAGAUAUGUGAUGGGACUAAAUGUCAACUAAACCACUGUUAUUUUUUUCCUUGCUGUCUGGCAAGGCAUUUGGUCCAUUCCAGAGUUUAAAUGAAAAACUGGACAGAAGUUAAACUGAUACUUCUCAUAAUAAACAUUUUGCUUCUGGCUCACCUUCUUGGUACCUUACAACAGUAUAUUAAUUGUAAAGUUUGUUGUAUAGUAUUUAACCACUGAAUUUAUGUUGUGCUUACAUGAACCCCUUGGUGAAGGUCCCUUUUCCUUGGAUAAUAUGUAGUUAUAUGAUCUUUUAAAAUGUACAGAUAUUUUGCUAUAAAAUUGGUGCAGUUUUUUAUGGUUUUUACACUUCUCUUUAAUUCCCACCCUAGGCUCUGGGUAAUACUGUAAAUAUUGUUUAAAAAUGCAUCAGCCUAUGCUAUACAAUCUGAAUGUUAUUUUAACUUAUAGUUUUUUUUUUUUAAUAUAUAUUUAACUACCAGGACAGUGUAGGGAUCAGUUACCACAUUUCACUUUUAGCUCACCUAUUUACAGAUUACUUUUAAUCUACCACCUGCUGGCCUAUUCCCAUAAAUGUGUACUUUAAAAAGAACAUGCCAAGAUUUUGUCUGUUUGGUUAAUAUUCAGCUUGAUGAAAAUAGUAAUUUGGCCAUGAGACAGAAGACAAAUAGUUGGGCCUUUAUCACAGUGCAGCUGUUUUCUAAAGCUCAGUGCUGACAUACACGUUAAAAUAAUUGCCUAUUUAUUAAUAAACAAAUAGAAAAUAAUGUUGACAUGUUCUUUUCUGUUUUGUCUAUUAAUGGGCCUGCUUCCUACCAAUAUUAGAAAGAUGUUUUAUAAAAACAAUUCAUGUUACUUCUCUGGUCUUUCCAUGCCAUCUGAACAAAUAAACUAUUUACGCUACUA